UGUCACUAGCAACCAAGGAGACCCAGAGAGAUCCGCUUUACCAUAUUCCAAUAAUUACAAGACAGAAGAUGCUCUUGUCCCAAAAAUAUCUACAGAUGGUGACAUGUCUGUCAAUUUUUUUCCUUGCUUGCUUUGCAACGUGUCAACAAGAAGCUGAAAAUAAAAGAGCAGUGACAGAGCACCAGCUCCUGAAUGACAGAGGGAGGGCUCUUCAAGGGCUGAAGCGACUGAUGUGGCUCCACACUGCCAUCGGCGGAGUGCACACAGCCAGUGGAAGAGACAUCUCUCAGGCACACAUUAUGUGGACUUCACCAAAGAACCAAGACCUGUAUGACAGCACAGGCAAGGAAGAGACCCCAGACACCAUGAGGCGACUGUUGCUUGGAUUGCUGGAGAAACAUUCACCUUUUGCUGUGAAAACCAAUGUGUUACACUAUCUAAAGAAUGCAAAGGGUAGUCAGGAUCUUCAAGACCUUUCUGGCUUAUUCCAAAUUGGGGACCAAGAAGAAAAAAGGAAUCUCAGUGCUCAGAUAUAGAUCUCUAGGCUUAAUCUACUGCACCCUGUCCAUUCUGUGAAAUAUACAGUGGUGUCUUGAGGGAAUGCAGAUGAAUUGCAAAGAAAAAAUAUUUGUGCCGUUUACUACUCCUUGGUAUUGUUCAAACACAGCCUCUUAUAAAGGAUCAUAAUGUUUUCCCUAUAUUUUGA